CGACGCGUCACUCUAAACCCCCUUCUUCUCCGCACAAUGGUUAGGAGGUCACCCCUGAACCCCCCAGAAUUCCCCUGUGAUAAACUAAGAAUAAACAACAUAACAGCCAAUCAGAAAGGAACGCAGGACUAGUAUGCACAGGAAUACACAAACACCAACUAUUUACAUAAUCCACAUAAGCCCUCCUCAGCGCCGUUAUUAAAUUAAUGUUGAUAUUUCGAUAUGCCACACAGAUCAUCAUCAUGUUUGUUCAUGUUUUGGAAUUUAGUUACUACGGAAAGCCGCAAUCUAAAAACAACACAGAGAAAUGAAAAGAGCAAGAAAUACACAGUGAGAUAAAGCAGCGCGCCUAAGCUAAAAGAAAACGACAAGCGCUGGGCGUUUCGCAGCUCACACUUCCACGAUCGUACACGCGUCCCAGGAGACGCAGCCUAGCGCACCGCUCCGCUUCGCGCUCUGGCGCGCGCGCGCCUUGACCCGCUGCGCGCGGCGCAUGGCUGACGUCACAUGGCCUCGGGCUGCUGUCACAGGGCAGGUUGUGGGCGCAUUAAUAUAAACAGAAUCCCGCAUCGUGCAAAGCAAAAUAGAUAAAUAAAAUAAAGGAAAAAAAAAAAAAAAGCUUUAAAAUUAUACGCUUCCCCCGGCGGCUGAAGGACGAAGAGGGACGGGAAUGCGCGCGGCGGCCCGCGGACAGAAGGUGCACGAGCGGUCGCUGUGACUCGUCGGGUGCGGGAGACGGGGGAUGAUGAUGGCAGCCGAAGCGGAGAGCAGCCUGACCCCCGGCGAGGAGAUGAAUGGCUCCGGGAACCUGAUGGACUUCCUGGAUGAGCCCUUCCCGGACGUGGGCACCUACGAGGACUUCCACACCAUCGACUGGCUGCGGGAGAAGUCCCGUGACACGGACCGCCACAGGAAGAUUACUAGCAAGAGUAAGGAGUCCAUCUGGGAGUUUGUGAAGAGUCUGCUGGAUGCCUGGUCAGGAUGGGUGGUCAUGCUUCUGAUCGGCCUUCUGUCAGGAACAUUGGCCGGUGUCAUUGACCUGGCUGUGGACUGGAUGACAGACCUAAAGGAAGGGGUUUGUCUGUCGGCUUUUUGGUACAGUCAUGAGCAGUGCUGUUGGACCUCAAAUGAAACCACCUUUGACAACCGGGAUAAAUGUCCGCAGUGGCAGACAUGGUCUGAGCUCAUGACGGGCCACACCCAGGGCGCUGGGGGAUAUCUCUUGAACUAUUUCCUGUACAUCGUUUGGGCGCUGUUCUUUUCUUUCCUGGCGGUGUCUCUUGUGCGCGUUUUUGCUCCAUACGCGUGUGGGUCAGGAAUCCCUGAGAUAAAGACUAUCUUGAGCGGGUUCAUCAUCCGCGGCUACCUGGGCAAGUGGACCUUGCUAAUAAAAACAGUUACACUUGUGCUGGCAGUGUCCUCUGGGCUCAGUCUGGGAAAGGAGGGCCCGCUGGUGCAUGUGGCCUGUUGCUGUGGAAACCUCUUUUGCAGCCUCUUCUCAAAGUACAGCAAGAACGAGGGUAAACGCCGGGAGGUGCUGUCUGCUGCAGCUGCAGCAGGUGUAUCUGUGGCUUUUGGUGCUCCAAUUGGAGGAGUUCUCUUCAGCUUGGAGGAGGUGAGCUACUACUUUCCCCUGAAGACACUAUGGAGGUCCUUCUUCGCAGCCCUGGUGGCCGCUUUCACGUUGCGCUCUAUCAAUCCUUUUGGAAACAGCCGGUUGGUGCUGUUCUACGUAGAGUACCACACGCCGUGGUACAUGGCAGAACUUGUUCCCUUCAUUCUGCUGGGGGUAUUUGGCGGUCUAUGGGGGACCCUCUUCAUCCGUGGCAACAUCGCCUGGUGCCGGCGGCGCAAGACGACACAACUAGGGAAGUACCCAGUACUCGAGGUGAUAGUGGUGACAGGAAUAACAGCAAUUUUGGCCUUCCCCAACCCUUACACACGGCGCAGCACCAGUGAGCUCAUCUCCGAGCUCUUCAACGACUGCGGGGCACUGGAGUCUUCUCAGCUCUGUGACUAUGUAAAUGACCCCAACAUGACAAGGCCUUUAGAUGACAUCCCUGACCGGCCUGCCGGACCUGGGGUCUACACUGCACUGUGGCAACUGGCCCUUGCUCUGAUCUUCAAGAUCAUCAUUACCAUAUUUACUUUUGGAAUGAAGAUACCCUCGGGGCUAUUCAUCCCUAGCAUGGCUGUAGGGGCCAUCGCUGGCCGCAUCGUGGGCAUCGCUGUGGAACAGAUGGCUUACCACCACCAUGACUGGAUCAUCUUUAAAAACUGGUGUCGGCCAGGAGCAGACUGUGUCACACCAGGCCUCUACGCCAUGGUGGGAGCAGCAGCGUGUUUGGGUGGGGUGACACGGAUGACUGUGUCGCUGGUGGUCAUCAUGUUCGAGUUGACCGGCGGUCUGGAGUACAUUGUGCCAUUGAUGGCAGCAGCCGUCACCAGCAAGUGGGUGGCUGACGCCUUCGGCAAAGAAGGCAUCUACGAGGCCCACAUCCAACUGAAUGGGUACCCCUUCCUGGAUGUGAAAGACGAGUUUACUCACCGCACACUGGCCACGGACGUGAUGCGGCCACGCCGUGGUGAGCCCCCGCUGGCUGUGCUCACGCAGGACAGCACCACGGUGGAGGAUGUGGAGGCACUCAUCAAGGAGACGGACUACAAUGGCUUCCCUGUCGUGGUCUCCCGAGAGUCAGAGCGCCUCAUCGGCUUUGUACAGCGCAGGGACCUCAUCCUGGCUAUCAAAAAUGCCCGUCAAAAGCAGGACGGGGUGGUGAGUAACUCGGUGGUGUACUUCACUGAAGAUGCGCCCCAGCUGCCUGCCAGCAACCCUCAGCCCCUCAAGCUGAGACGCAUCCUCAACCUGAGCCCCUUCACCGUGACGGACCACACGCCCAUGGAAACAGUGGUGGAUAUCUUCCGCAAGCUGGGUCUCCGGCAAUGUUUGGUCACACGCAGCGGGCGCCUCUUGGGGAUCAUUACUAAAAAGGAUGUUCUCCGACAUAUGGCCCAGAUGAUGAAUCAGGACCCUGAGUCCAUCAUGUUCAACUAAUUAUUUUUCAAGGAGGCCGCUCCUGCUGUAAACUAACUAGGGUAUCGAAGGACCCUUUCUGUUCAGACCGUCAUUUGUAGACCAUGCAACCCUGCAGUAAGCCUCGAAGGUUUCUCCUAGUGUUACUUCACUAGUCGAAAGAUGCAAAUAUAGAUGGCGCUAGAGAGACGGACAAAUUCCAGGUAGAAGGAAGAACAGAGAGAUUAGCAGGGAAUAUCUGUGUUUAUGGUACUGCUGCCAUAUUUCUUACUUCAAUUUCACAUCUGCUGGACUCAGGUCCCUAUGGCUGGGCAAAGUAUAAAAACUAACUUGUUUUCUAAAAUCAGUGUCAUGCUCAAGAUUGUUCAAAGGUGCAUAAUUAUAUGCUUUGUGGACUAAUGAAAUGUGAGCAUGGUUUAAAGUAUUAAACUUGAAUCUGUCAUGGUAUGUUUGAUUAUGAAUAACAGGGUUGUUCAUCUCUUAGAAUCUGUAAAGGAUUCAACUUUGCACUUUGGAAGAAAGUGUGCACUGAUGUGUUAAAGCACGUUGCCGUCAUACUGUCAUGGUACCAACUGUUAUCCGCAGUGCUUGGAAUAUAGGUUCCAUUCACCAAAAGUACUGAAGCAUGUACACUGUUUUGUGGUACCUUUUACAAGUUUGUCACACACUGCUCCUCGUGCAGUGCCAGUGCGUUCGUGUUUCAUACGAUUAAUUUUGGUUUAACUUAUAGUUUGAUUUGAAACACUCCAUCUUUCCAAAAUUGUAGCUUUUUCUCUUCCGAUGAUCCUGAUGGUGCAGAGUUCUCAGAAGGAAAAAAAAAAAAAAAUCACAGUUUUAUUAAGAAGUUCUCCCAGAAUGUGAAGAGUUAGGGGUUGUAAAUAAUUGCACUGCAGUUUCAUCCUCAAAUAAACUGUUAUAGACUUCCCAUGGUAACUGUGUCUCUAUUGUGAAAGUGCCAUUCCUAAAAUAUCUCUAUUUAUUGUAGCUGUUUUAAUUCAUUUUGGUCUUGGGAAACUUCACAUUUGAUUUAUGUUUUUACAUAAUGAGGUCUUUUUGUUUUUGUAUUAUACUAUGCUUUGUAAUAGUUGUUAUGAAACAAGUUUGCACUCAAUU